GUUUUUCACGUGAUCUGCACCAAAACUUUACCUAUCGAUUCCGCAGCCUCGUCCCGCCAACUUGAACAGGAGCCUUGUCAGGCUUCGAGUUCCAGAACACAAACACUUCACAUGUCCCCUUCAUGUUGUCAUCCUGCUGCUGAUUCCCACCAUCCGUCACCAAUUGUUGUCACGUACUUCCACCAAUAGGUAUCAGGUCGCCGUCUACAAUACUGAAUAUUUGUGUCCACGGUUUCUCCCAUCUCAAAUCGCCCGUCACUACUAUACAAUCGAUCCGCCGACCGGCUUCGACACUUCUGGCCGUUGAGGCUGUCUGUUACUCCCCACAAUCUACACUGUUAUCCCCGCCGUCGCAGCAACAUCAAAAUGCUUUCUAGAAGAGUGCUCUCGAAAGAGGAAGAAUCAGAAGCCACCGAUGCCGAAGUCACCAAGGAAGACCAAGACAAGAUCAACACCUUUUCCAAGCUGCAUAACCGGAGUAAACUCCUCGAGGAGGAAUUGAGUGCCAAACAGAAAGACAAAGAAGACUACGAAGAACUAUCCACAGAACUCGAACUGGCCGUCGACGAAGAUGAAUUAAUUCCGUACAAAAUCGGCGAAUCCUUCAUGCACGUCCCCCUAUCCGAGGCGCAAGAACUGCUCGCGGCCGCCAUGGCCGAAUUGGACGGCGAAGUGUCGACGUUGGAAGACGAGCUGAGCACGAUCCGCGAUGAGAUCAAGACGCUCAAGGCGCAUUUGUAUGCGAGGUUUGGGAAGGGGAUUAACCUUGAGGCUUGAUGAAUGGGCUGGAAAUAGUGCACUUGAACGCUGCCGCCCGAAUUGAAUCAAAACUGAACCAAGCUGUUUCAUUGUUUCCUUUUUGUUUCUAUUCGUGUUCUGGUUCUCCGGGAAGAUCUGUUAAUCAUUGAGUGUGCAAAACUCAAGGUUGCAUCAACCUGCCCGACCCCUAGCCUCGCAGCGACCUACGGUACAAGCUGCUACUUCUACCGGCUUUGACCAUACAGUCAACAUAUGGAAGGGCGAAUCACCAUUACUCUAUUUGUGGUCUUGAACUGCUGAUACCCGUUCGGUUUAUCUGUUUGACAGGAUCCAAGAAACAAUCCAUGCAAUCCGUGCUGCAACUGAAAAGCUCAACUGAAGCGCGCGGUGUGCGAUACUAGUAUCAAGUCCAGAAACAACCCGAAUCCAAUCCACCUCGGCCGACACGACUGUAA